AUUUCCACCAUGAAAGAAAAGCCAUCAAUUAGAGUGAUCAUUCUGUUUGCCUAUUUUGCUCUAUCCAUCGGAGGUACCGAAGGAAAAUGUAUAAAAGGAGGGAGCAAUACUUCUAGGGUCCUCAUGAAUUGUCAAGUUAACAAGACUAUUAUGGUUGAAGGUGGAGAUGUAUAUGACUGCGUUGGUGUGAAUCUGCAACCCGCCUUUCACCACCCAUUGCUGAAAGAUCACAAAAUCCAGAUGGAACCCAGUUCUCUCCCGUUUAAUGUGCACACGGAAUCUCCAUCAUCGAUGCAUACUAUCCCACAAGCACAGUUGUCUAUCAUUGACUGCCCUACAGGAACGAUUCCAAUACUGCGUAACAAUAGAGGGGACCACGUGGCAACAUAUAGUACUGAUCAAGUGGUUGCCAAAGGUGAACAACAAGAGGCCGCAGGAAUCAAAUAUUUUGAUGAGCUAUACGGAACGCGAGCGAGAAUAAAUGUUUAUGAGCCAAAGGUGAAGACUGGAAGUAAGGAUCUUAGUGCAUCAUCUAUACAAAUUGGCGGGAGGUCGGAAGUAACCAAUGCAGAUUCAAUAGGUGUUGGUUCUUGGGUAUAUCCAAGCUACAGUGGUGACAACUUUGCCAGGUUUCAUGUUUACUGGUAUGAUGGCUUGCAAAACAAGGAUUGUGUUGAUCAUGAGUGUCCUGCUUUCGUACAAGUUAGCUCAAUAGUUGGUCUUGGAGGAAGAAUACAUCCGGUUUCUAUUUACAAUGGGCCACAGUAUGAGAUUGUUGUUCAAAUUUUUAAGGACCCAAAGACUAAAAAUUGGUGGGUGACUUACGGCGAGAAAAAUACACCUAUCGGAUAUUGGCCAAGUUCACUAUUCCAUUAUAUGAAGCAAAGCUGUAAUUAUGCAUUAUGGGGUGGAUAUGUUACAGGGCCAACGGCCUCGACAAACUCUCCACAGAUGGGUAGCGGUCAUUUUGGUUCCGAAGGUUAUGGAAAGGCAGCUUUUAUGAAAAAUAUCCAAAUUGUGGAUAAGAACAAUAAUCAUGUUACUCCACAUACAAAUAAGGCUCGUCCUGGCUCUAGCAAUUUAGAUAAAUAUACUACUGAUGGUUAUGAUGUCAAUAAGUAUGGUAUGCAUAUAUACUAUGGUGGACCCGGUGCUGUAGUUUGAUAAUAUAUACUGAAUGUUUUAAUAAAAGUUGUGAU